UAAUAAUGAGCCAUUUUCAAAGAAUGAAUAGAAAGCUUGAUGAAGGUUGGAAAUUGACCACUAUGGUCUGUGAAUGUAAAGGCACAUUGCUUAUAUUUCUUGAAAACAGAAAUUUAUACUGUCCCAAGUGCGACAUCAUUUCUCAAGAUUAAGUGAUUCUAGAUUAAGAUCCUUAAGAUGGUCAAAAUAAAACUAAUCAAAGUGGUUCAGAAUCAAAACCAGAGAUUAUUCAUGUGAAGAACAAUAAAGAUUAUGAUUCAGAUGAUUUCUAAUUUGAUGAUUAGGUAGAAGAUUUUAAUUCAAGAUUUUUUGUAAACAAGGCUGCAGCUGAUGAAGCAUCAAAAAAAAUAGGUUAAUUACUUUUAUAAGGAUGGACUAUGUUGAGUGAAUCUUGUAUUGAAUGUUUAUAACCAAUUAUGAAGAGUAAACAAGGUGUUAAAUUGUGUGUCUAAUGCAACCGAGAAGAAAAGCCAGAUUAAUCAAAAGCAUCAGAAGCUAAGCCUUAAGUGUAGCAAGAAAAAGAGAUACCAAAAAUGGCUGUUCAAUAAGUCUAAUAGCAAAAUGUUUAAUUCUAAUAAGAAAAAUAACUAACUGAACUUCCACCUCAACCAUAAUUAGAAUAGAGAAUCAAAAUUUUCAAAGAUGAACCAGAACAAUAUAAGGAAGACGCUUAACUGUUAGUUUCAUCUCAGUUGAAAUUAUAUUAUGAAAAAUUGCAAUUAUCAGUUAGUGAUAUCAACUUUUGCAAUCUAACAUUUAUUUCUGAAGAAAUUAACAAAUUUGAGGAAUAGGUCGGAAAAACCUUAAAUAAAAAUGCAGAAUUAAUGAAUGUAAGAAUCAAAACCUUAAAAAUUUUAACAGAAAGUCAUGAAAAACUAAUGUAACAAAACUCAUUUGAAAGAGCUUCAAAAUUUAUGGGCAUAAUAUUAAUAAUAUAUAAUAUUGUGUAAAAGCAAUGA